CGAGUUUUAACCGCAGCUGAUGUAUGAAGCAUUUGAUGAAGCUGAUAAUAAUUCCUAGAAGUAGUAGAAAAAUAUUUUGAGAUUUCAAAACUCUAAAUAAAAAGUUUAAUAAUAUUAUAAAUGAAAAUCAUUUAAUCAAUAAUGGAAGUUGACGAGGAAAUGCAAGAAAUUGGACACACAUCUAAAAAAAUAGAAAAUAUUUCAAAGAAGGAAGGCUUAAGAGAAGGUAUUUCUGCAGGUAGAGAUAGUAAUUUCCAAGAAAGUUUUGACAAAGGCUUUGAAGAAGGAUUUAAAAAUGGAUUUCUUUUAGGACAAUAUAGAGGGAUCUUAAUGUCACAAUCUAGGCAGACUAAUGUAGAAGAAAAAAUACAUCCUGUUUUAGAAAAUAUAAGUCUUGGUUCAUGUGAGGUGUGUAAGAAUAAUGACAUAGUUAAAGAUGAAGACAACAUAGAUAAUAUUAUAGAAGUGCAGAGUAAAGCACAUGAACAUAAUAUUCAAAUGUUGAAAACAUUUGGUGGGGAUUUAACAAGAGAUGAUAACUAAAAUUGUUUAUGUAGACUCUAAAUGCAUUUUUAUAUUGUAAUAUAACAUUAAUUAUCUAGA